GUUCUCAUGAGGUUCUUUCUCUCCUCGCGAUCUUGUGCCUCGAGUCCAUUCACAUCCCGUACCCUCGAAGACUGGACGCUACUACUAACACAAUUUGUCUCUGCACUCCGAAUGUCGUCGACUCACCUGUGUAUUUCGAUAUGAUCUUUCCAAUAGACCGUCUGAGCGACUGGCGAAAACAAAUGGACUUUGUGUCAUCCUUGAUGGAUCUAUUGCACGAUCGUCAAGAUCUAUCCCCAAGAUCAAUUAUGCCAGAGUGUACAAAGUUCCAUGAGCGCGGCAUUUGCAAACAUCCAGUCAAGCUGGCAAGCAAUGGCUAGUUACAGGCAGUCAAGUCUUCAGCACUGAGCGAAUUCAUAUGCCACUGAUGGGCAGGCACGCGGACAUCAGUUGUCCUUCCAAACGGGAUGGCCAUGGUUUGAUGGCACAGACCCAACUCCAAGGCACUUGAAAAAGAGCCUAAACCCAAAAGGAUGGCUGGUGCGACCACGCUUUCAGCUUUGCAUAAGUGGUGUCGACAAUUUGGACACACAUGUGCAAAAUUCCUAGCUGCAUCGGAUGGAGUCCUUUAACAAGCCAUGCUGGCCAGGAGAAGAGCAGAUGGAACUCGCAAGAAAGAAACCCCAGAUCAAGCCGACUUUUGGUGGUUGAACGGCCCUGGAUUUUGAAGAGGCGGGAAUAGCAUCGGACGCACACGCAGUUGGUGAGUGGCUGGAAACAAUGAUUCGUCUGACAUCCCAUUUCUCGAUGUCUUUCCGCCGAUACGCCUUUCAAUCACCUCCGUCAGACACCUUCGGAUCUCCUCGACCAACUCCCCGGCAGCGAAGUGGGACGCGCUCCAAUCCCAUUGAUUGAUUAUUGAGUGCUAACAAUCAAAAAAGCAGAAAGCGCCAGGGUGGCCAUUUUUAGGGAGUUGAUCCACGCCCCAAAGUGUCACCCGACAAGCGGUAGCUGCAUCAUCACCACCCGCCCAUCCUGUGUCCUGUGUCUCUGUUCUUUCUGUCUCUCUUGCAGGCCGUUUAGGCUCCUCUUUUUCACAAUCCCUCGCUCACAUUUUUGAUCUGGCCCAGUUCCCGAUCGUCUUGCCUUUGGUACUGGUUCAUCGCUCUCGUGCUGUGUCAGCCAGCAUUUGUGCCCUUUGCUCAAGCCUCCCCCGCUUCUCACUCUCUCUGUGCUUCUCUUCUGCCACUUGCGUACCCGGCCACUACCACCAUACGCACCAACGUAUCAAACAAGCAUCAAAUCACCAUCUGAUCACACUCGCGUUCUCGAGCUAAACCCUUUUCGGCACCCCAGCCUCAGACCGAAAAAUCGUUCCCUAAUCUCGACGCUCCGAUUCGGUUCGCAUACCUCUACGCUCUGACGAUUCCGCUUCACAACAUUGCCAGUCAGCCCAUGGAUGCCCAAACCUCCUUCAAGCCAUGAACCCUUGGCUUCCCGACUCCUCCUCGACUCCAAAUAACCAUGUUGGUUUUGGAGGCACGAUGGAUGGUGGCAUGUCUUUUAUGCAACCUCCUCAGACUAUAAAUCCCGCGCAAUUUCAGAAUCCUGCCUUCCUCAAUGGUGCAGGGCGCACUACAUCACCUGCGACGUUCCACAAUCCAGUAUAUCAGACGAAUCCUGUUAUACCAUCUAAAAGAACAAGAGACGAUAGUUUAGGAGCAUCUCCACGCCAGGCUCAAGGAGGUUUGCCUGUUUCACGUGCGCAAACACCUGGACAAGGUCCCUUUCCCGGUUAUAAUCCCCAAGCCAACGGCGCUCAUUCAAUUACCAACACCCCGGUGCCCUUUCAACAUCUCCAAACCUCUGCCAAUGCUACGCCAUCACCUACUAUUCAACAGUUGAACCAAUUCAAUCAGCCUCCUGGCAAUCAACGCGUGUCGACGGCGUCGCCGAACCCGUUCUCACCACAGCACGGCCCGCCCCAUGCCUCCCCGGGCCCUUCAGACCAUGCCAAUCGUGUUGGCACUCCCCACGACAAUCCGCAGAACUUCAUACCCAAUGGCGGGUUCCAGCAAGGCUUCGGUCAGCCUCAAUUUGGACACAACAUGAACAAUGUAUUGCCACAAAUGGGAAUGAAUCCUCAGCCUAAUAUGCCACAACAACAUCCUAGUGUCUCUGCGGCACAAAGGAACUAUCAGAUGCAACUUCAGGCACAAGCGCGUCAGAUGCAAGCACAAUCGCAAGCUCGUGGUAUGAAUGGCAUGCCGCCCAAUUCAGGACAGCCUAUGCCCAAUCCACAGAUGCCCCAAGGACAUGGAACGUUCCAACCCCCCAAGCCGAACAACCCUGAGGAGUUUCUCAGGGGCUUGCAAGCAUUUAUGGCUUCUCGUGGCCGAUCAGUUGAUAUCAAUCCAGUUAUCUGUGGCCGGCCAAUACAACUGCUACGUCUUUACGCGGCUGUCGUUAAGAACGGGGGCUCCCAGAGAAUCUCUAAGAUGAAUCAAUGGGGUGGGGUGGCUCAACAAUUUGGAUUCCAGCCGCCGCAGCUGAUGCAAGCCGCCCAGGAGCUCCAGGGAUAUUGGCAUAACAACCUCGCACCUUAUGAGGCUGCCUGGCAGAUGAACCAACAGAAACAAAGGAUGGCUGCGCAAGCCGCAAUGCAAAAUCAGAGCCAGAACCAGAGCCAGAGUCAGAUGUCACCGCCGCGGGAGAUGAAUAUCAAUCAAGAUGCACGACAUCAGAGAUCCACCAGUGCCUCGAUCAACGGCCAAGGACAACACCAGGCGCAACAAGCCGUUGCCAAUGGACUCAUGCAACCGCCUCAUGGACAGCCAGAUCCUUCAAUGACUCCGCAACACCAACAGAACAUGUCCAGACAGCUUGAUCCUCAGCAAAUGAGUGCUCUUCAAGCUCAGUCGCAUGGCCAGACACCGCAGAAACGACCUUCAACUGGCGCCGGCAAACCGGCAGAACCAGAAGUGGAUUACAGCAAACCUUUGUCGAAGCCAAUCGAGGACCCUUUCAAGCCUGAUACACUUCCCAUGAGUCGAUAUCAUGGCCCUAUCAAUGUAGAAGAGAUGGCGAUGAUUGGGCAACAUAUCGCAGACGUGAAGCCAAUAGUACCCACGAUAAGAGAGAUGGGUCUCAUCGACAUUCACGCGAUAACAAUGUCAAUCAAAUCUGGAAUGCACGCAGAAACCAGACUGGCGCUGGAUGUUCUCACGACCCUUUCAAUCGAGCCUGCGUUGCAGCUCUCACUGGUUGAUUGUGACGACUUAAUGGACGCUUUGAUUGAUUGUGCUCAGGAAGAGGUCAAUUUCCUCAGCGAGCAUGCGGCAGAAGUGUCAGAUGACAUGCUUCUUCCAUCAUAUGAAGAGCUUAUUCGUUCUGUCAAGUCGGAAAACGAAUCGUUGCCGGACAUUCCUGAUUUCGGCACUGUGGCUUAUGAUCUGGAGCGAGCAGCCGACCGAUUGAUCUGUAUAACCACUCUUAUUCGCAACUUUUCGUUCUACGAGGCCAAUUUUAUUGUUCUAGGCCAGCCAGAAGUUCUAAAAUUGAUCAGUCAAGUCAUCCGGUAUCUCGGCACCACUGAAAUGUUUCUACGGCAUCACCAAAAUGCUCUGGACUUCAUGAAGGAUGUGGUCAUUUUCCUCAGCAAUUUGUCGACCUCACUGCAGCUUCCAGGAAAAGAGGAAGCAUUAUGUAUCCUGCAUUUCCUACUCGCCUUUGCGCCGACUCCUGGGCCAAUAACAAGCUCGGGUAAGAUAUCCUUCACCAUGUACACACCAUCUUCGCAUAAAUACCUACCUUCUGCCGUUGACAGCUUAGCCAAGCUACUGGCUCGCGAUGAACCAAACCGAAUGUACUACAAAUCAAUUUUUGCUGCAGAUGCGCAUUCAACACCGCCGCAUGAACUAUUGACCAGAAGCUUUGGCCUGGCUAUAUCACCGGUACCGGCAAACUCGAACCACACCAGAACAAUCAUAGAAGCCAGGAAGCCAUUCCUUCUUCAAGGGAUGCUUGCAGCCGAAAUACUCGCAAAUCUUGUACCAGGCUAUGAACAAUCCCUAGCUCGUGCAUGGUUGGAAUCCGAAGACGCGUUUGCUGGCAACCUGUUGCGACUGGUAGGGUUGCUAAGUGCUGAUAGGACAACUCAGACUGCCCCGAGACAGCCACAACAGAACAGCAGGCAUCAACAGGAAACGGAUCCCAACGGUUAUGGAGCUAUUUCGAAUCGUGCCAUGGCGGUACUCAAGACACUGGUUCAGAAAGCGCGUACCGUCGAUGCCGAUGGAGCAACCGUGGUUCCACUGGGAGUAAUGCCGAAGAGAGAAAGUCUUCUGGGUGCCAUGAUACAAAAAGACAUCGAUCCUGGUAUUCUACGACAAUUGUGUGUCUACGCCGCUCUGGAGGACUAAAAGUCUUUCAGCCCUGUUACUCAGAGACUUUGAUGUUUGCGUGGCUGAAGCCUCGAGAUCUGAUGUGUACAUUCACUGGUCAUACUGUGCAGCGUCAUCCAACAAGGAACCUGGACCUGGAUACGAGGCACGAACCAUCCUUACCGUCAUUGGAUACAUACUGUCUACACCAGUCUUCUCAAGUGUACAAUUGUGUAUUAGGGUUAGACCCUCAAGUUGUGUAUCAAGCCAAAAUUGCUAUAAUUCAUUAAGAAGAAUCAAUCCUUUUGACCAAGCGAGAGAGAUUCAAACCACACAUCUCAAUUUUAGGAUUGGGCCAGUUUCAGGUAGUUCAGGGUGUAUGAUGACACGUAUUUACAGC